AUUCUUAAAUGUAAAGAAUUUGAGGCAUAUCUAAUUCAUGUGUGUUUUAUUAUUUACAUUUUCUAAUUUUAAUGCUACAACUUUUUUAUUGGGGAACGUAUUAGGCCUACAUAUAAAUUCAGGGAAAAACAUAUCAUUGAUAAAUAAUCACAAUGACAAAACAAAAAGAAAGAACACUAUUUGGUUUGCACACAUUGAAAUAUUAACUCAGUAAAACAUAUUAAAAGCACGUAAUUUUGAGUCGCACCUUUAAAAAACAUCUAAAACAUUUUGUAGCGUACAUUUUUUAUGUUGUUUAAGUCUUAGAGAAACAGCUUACCAUAAAGUUGUAAAAAAUAUGUCGUCACUGAUCUACGUCAUUUCUUUCGAUUUCACUUUCUCUCGUUUCCAGCUUUGGAAUUUACGUUCCCACGCACGCACACACACUGAAACAACAGUAUAAGGCAUUGUAUCUACUCAAGACUUUUCUGGAAAGAUGUGGAAAAUUAUAUUAGUAGAAAAUUGGGUCGUGUGGUAGAAAUUGAUGUGUUUGAUGUGUUUUUUUUAUUUUGAGAGAGAUCAUCUGGAAAGUAAUAAACAAUAUAUUAUACAGCUAUUUAUUGUAUUAGGAAAGUAUCAUACAAAAUGGGCCCUUUGUAAACCAAACCUGUCACAUUUUAUAAAUGAUUUCAAAUUAUACAGUACCGCUUUGAAAAAAGUUAAGAACAAAAAAGCUCAGAAAACAUAUAAUAUUUUAAAAAUACUCAUUUUUUUUGUAAUUUUUUUUCUAUUUUCUUUUCUGAUAACUUGUGAACAAUGUGUGAGUAUUACCUCAUGUUCAUGUGGCAUUGAACAAAAAUGUGUUUUAUACUUGUUGAUGAUAUUCAAUAAAAAAACAACAACAACAGUAUAAGGCUGCAAAAAAUAAAUAUCCACAAUACAAUGUAUGUACCAAUAAGUUGUGUACAGCAUGACAGUAUUUUGUAUUUUAUAUCUCGCGAGACACGAUAUCUAUUAGAUUUAAGGAAAAUAAAUAUAACCAUUUCGUAUUUUGUUUACAAUGCAUCAAUAAAGAAAUGAAGUGUUGCGCAUUUUAUACUAAACUGUACACAUUUGAGCAGUAUUGAAGAAGGGUGUUGCGCAACGUGGUCACUCAGGUGUGACCGCACGCUUCAGUUUCUAGUAGCUAUAGCCUAAUGACCUUAUAAUUGAAAAGCGAAAUCUCAGGUGCAAAUCCCAAACUGCUGUCAGACAGCAUAAAAAGACAGUAGCAUGUAUUUAGGAGUAUCGAGUGAAGUGUAGUGGAUUCAGGAUGUCUCCUCAUUCAAUGCUCUUGUGUCUCAUGCUGUCAGUGUGCAUCAUCUGUCCUGUGAUGAGCUGUAUGUGGAUUAAACACAAAUACCUCCAGCAUCAAACAGUCUCUUUACAUCUGAUUGAAAAGAUGGGGGAGAGGAUCAUUAAGGGCCAUAUAGGCAUUAACCCCAUCCCACAUGAACUGUUGAACAACCAAAAGACUGCAGAGCCCGACAAACAGCUUCUCUUCAUUAUUCAGACUUUAGAGGAGAUCGCUGGUCUUUUUGAGGAUGCUGAAUCUGCACCCUGGGAUCAUAAAAUAAUAGAUGAUUUCUUAAAUAUCAUUAAUGAGCAGAUUAAUGGACUGAGAUCAUGUGGCACUUUUAAAAUGAAGAGGAACAAAAAGUUGCAUCUGUAUUUUAUAAGACUAAGACAAAUGACUGAAGUGAAGACGGAGGAUUCAGAUAAAAGCUGGGAGAUCAUCAGAAGGAGAGUUAUAAGCCUCCUAAAACAGCUGGAGUUUUUCUCUUUACACACACUUUAAGAUAACUUAAAGAAAAAAAAAAAACAAUAAUUUCAGUGGUUUUACUUUUCUCUUUAUUAUGAUGCAGUAGUUUGUUUAAUAGGAACAUUUCAUCAAAAAUACUUUUAUGCAUUGUUUACUUUUAUUUAUUGUUACAUGUUGUUGUUUAUUGUCUUAUUUUUUAGUUUUAUUCGUAUUAAUAAUUUGUUAAUAAUUAACAUUUCAAAUAAUUUAAACUUUAUAUUUAUGCAAAUUAUUUAUUUGUAUUUAUUCAUUUAUUUGUGCAAUAAUUUCAUGUUAUUUAUGUCUAUUUAUUUCAAUUUUUAUUUAUUUUAGCUUUGUUGUAUAAAUGUACUAACAAUAUUUUGUCAUAUAUUAAUAAUGUUUUAAA